CGCGCCGUUCGCCUCUGGUAAGCUGUGGCUUUGCUGUUACUGGCGCGCGAGCCCGUCUUCUGCCUCUCGUCCACGUGCGUCUGUUUACAAACACUUCUCGGUUGAGCUAGCCUGUUAGCCUGCUAGCUCCUAGUGUAGAGAAACGCAGACCGUAACCCGGUUUUGGGGAUUUUCGGUACGUUUUCAGUCGUAGCAGCUUUGGGACAAAAGAUCAAACUUGUUCUGAACGUGCAGAAGUGAGCGCGCGCUUCUUUUAGGAGCUACCUCUGUCUCAAACUACAGAGUCACGGGAUGAACACGGCUGUGCGGGAGAUCCACAUAUCCUCCAAACCUGGCUCCUCCUACUUCCUGCGUGUGGACUGGGAGGGGCGGAGCUUAGCAUCAGGCUUCAGGGUGCUGCUCACCGAUGGCCAGGAUGCUUGGAGUGGAGAAGUGGGCGCGGCCACCAUAGGCGGCGAGGCGGAGGAGCUGGAGAUGACGAGGGAGAAGUACGUCCAGGACCUGGAGCGGGCGCUGACCGGAGCAGAACCACCGGACCCCUACAGCUUUAGCCUGAGUCCAGAACCGCCGGGCCGCAGCGUCACGCUGACGUACGAGAAGAUGCAGAAGGAGAUCUCGUUCAGACUAGGCUCAGCUCUCCUGGAGGCGGAGCUCCGGCCAGCGGAGGCGCUGAGGCAGCUGCUGCUCCACAGCCUGCAGCGAGGAGACAGCCUCCAGAACCAGAACCAGAAGCUGCAGGAGGACAACCAGCGGCUGAAGCAGGAGCAGCAACGCAUCUGUGCAGAGCUGAAGCGCUACGCUGGCGGGAAAGAGGCCCUGGAGGCGGAGCUGUACUCUCGCUUCGUCCUGGUCCUUAAUGAGAAGAAAGCAAAGAUCCGCCGUCUGCAGGAGAGCGUCUCGAAGCUGCAGGAAGCCAGGAACUCGGAAGAACAGGAAAGCAAAGGUUCUGUGAAGCCGACCCGAUCCGCUGAUCAGGACAGUGAGGAAGAGGAGGAUGAAUACGGAGGCAGCACUGAUGAAGAGCCAGAAGAAGCGCAGUCAUCUCCGUCUUCAACGUUACCAUCCAGGAGUUCCCGCACUGACAGCCCAUUGGACGACAGCCUGCGUGACAUCACAGACGUGGCCCCGAGCCGCAAACGCCGCUUCCGCCACCUCAGGCUUCAAGAUCCGGGGGUGAAAAGGCCCGACGCGGAAUCGCGGCAGAAGGAGAGGACAGGCUCCCCUGCAGGAUCCAGUAAGCUGCAGACCCCCCAGCGCUCUGCAGAUGCUGCAGCAGCCGAGGAUCUGUUCGAGGACUUCUGAGAAGCUUCAGAGGUUUUUUAGCCUGAAGAUCUGGUUCCACUGAAGCAGAGACACUGAUCAUCAUCACCAACCAGAGCGACCGGCAGGACGACCGGCAGGAUGUCCGGCAGGGCGACCGGCAGGGCGACCGGCAGGACGACCGGCAGGACGACCGGCUGGGCUCACAGGAAGGCACAGGAACUUUGACACGGGUGUUUUCUCCCUCAGAUUUCUCCUUCUUCUGCUUUGUUGUUUUGGUAUUUUUGGAUCAAUAAAGUUUUGGCCUUUUGUCUGAA